AAUUCACUGCUGGAUGAUCCGACCGAGCUGCAGUGGAGGUAGAAGGUGGCAGGAAGUGUGAAACGGAAAUACACCACCACCGGGAGUCGGUGGUAGGCUGGAAAAUAUACACAACAAUUCGUCAAUCGAACACGUACGCACACCCACAACAGGCAGCAGGAGCGCAGGCAGAUGUGAAACCAUCCUCUCGGCGACAUCAACCAACAUCAUGCAGAUUAAUGGAAGAUAGCUCACGCAUUCGCACUUUUCCACACCAGCCACGACCGCUUCAAGCAAUGGGAAUCUGUGUAGUCAAAUUACCCACUUAGAAACACCCCAUAUUAUGCCUAUGUUGCAUUUGCCGACAUCAGCAAUAUUUUCGGUUUCCUUUUGCGACUCGCUGCAGCACAAACUGCUGUGUGGAAUCAAGUAGCAGCAGUCAAAAUAAUCAAUUAAUUGAUAAUGUCCUCUUCCAGUGAAAAUUAAAGCCGCACAACAAGGCGCUCGCCACACGGCCUGAGAGCGAGAGCAAACGAACAGAAAAUAUAUAUCAAAAAAGUAAUAACAAUAAGACAAGCAAGACUCUUGAAUCGGACAUUCCUCGGCGGCGGCGGCGGAAAAGAGGAAAAAAGGCGACCGACACUCUCGCACACAUACUCAGAAACGACAAGAAAAAAAAAAAGAAGACACACACGGUUGUGUGAUCUCGCACUGGAGCACAACAAAUUAAAGGUAUUAUAAAAAAAAAUCCAAAAGAACAAGACCCAGAAAGAGAGAGAAGGAGAGAAUACGGUUGGAAUCCCACACACAUUCUCAGUCCCGCUUUUGCUGUUGCUCCACCGCAUAUCUUGCGUGAAUCGGGCAACCGGAUCGACGACGAUACACUGGGUCUGAUCGAACGAUCGCCGAAAGAUUCGGUCGGAUCCUGCUUCAUCCUACGGGAUCAUGUAUGUAAUCAAUCCAAGCAGCGGCAAGGAAAUCCCAAACAGCUACCCAACCAGCUCCAGCACCGGAAGCAAUUCUAGCAGUAGCAGUGGCAGCAGCACCGUUACUCCCCAUCACCAACAGCACCAGGAGAUAAUCAGUAAAAUCCUGACAAAAUGUGCCACGAUGACCGAUGAACCUGCCGCCACUACUGCCACCAGCACCACCACCACUGUCAAUGGCACAGCAACCAUACUGCUGUCCCCUUCGGCACGCCAGCAUCAUCCGGGGGUUGGGGUAGUUGGUGUAUCGCCCCAGUCGUCCCCGGCAUCGUCGUCAUCGUCCGCUUCGUCACCGACUGCCGAUGGACCGCAGCUGCACAGUAGUUUCGGAGCGCCUGCAACGGGAAGGGAUAAAUCGAAAACGUCGACUGCCGUGUCGGGUAACUCCGGCGGAACGAAUGGAACGGCUCUGAACUCUGGCCACGUCGGUGGUAUCAAGCAUGGCGCACACGGUAGCCUCAGUGCCGGAAAUGUUGGAAAAGUCAACGGCAAUGGGACACUUUCGGGGCCGAUCAGUGCUACCAAUGCGCCCGGUGGCAGGCUGCAGUUCUUCAAAGAUGGAAAAUUUAUCCUGGAACUGGCACGUGCCCGCGAAGGUGAAAAAACCAGCUGGAUCUCGGUUCCUCGCAAAACCUUUUGGCCACCGACGGUUAGCUCCACCAAUGCCAACUUCCACAAGCAUGAAAGUUCCACUUCGCUCAGCUUUUCCGACGAUAACAGUUCGGUACAGUCCUCCCCAUGGCAGCGGGAUCACUGCUGGAAGCAGACCAACCCCAGGUCGAACAUCUCCAAGGAGAUGUCACUGUACUACCACCGGCCGAGCUGUGUUCGGUUUAAGCUGUCCCGGGACGUGUGGAAGCGGUUACGAUUGAAACGGAGGCGACCGUACGAGCAAUCAGCCGCCAACGACGUUGCACUGGACUAUGAGAUUAUUAGGGAUAAGGACGUGCCUCCGGAUGCUACGGAGGCCGAUGCAAUGGAGAUCAAUGGGAAAUCACCGGAGACUGGCAGCGAUGAGGAUGAGGAAAAGGGGAUGCAACAGGCCAACGGAGGGGGAGGAGGGGUUGUGGAAAAUGGAACGAUAGAUUUCAAAAUUCGCAAACGAAGAGGGAUGUUGAAACGGAGCAAGGAACUGGGGGUGAUAGUACAGCAGCUGACUGUACGGGUAGCAAAUAGUACGAAUAGUGCACCUCGGAUGCCACCUGCUGGCAUGAGGAGUAUGCUAAGUUCGUCUCAUCAGCAGCACGUAUCACCUCGGAAAAGAAUACUCAGAGAGCUGGAGAAGGUCUCGCUUGAAGAUAGCAGUACUAUGAAAAGAUCUCGUUCGAAACCUGGCAGUAGUAGUACUGUGAUCACGGCGACGACUGCGACGCCCCUUGCGUCGGUUAGUAGCAAUGGAACUGGCAGUAGCAAUCCCAGUGGUAGCAGUAGUAAUAGCAACGGUAAGCUGACCAACGGGGCGUCAGCUGUAGAAUCACGCACACCAUCGAUCCCAACGACGCCGGUUUCUCGGCCCAUCAGUAGCUACAGUAUAACCUCGUUACUAGGGCACAAUUCGUCUAGCGAAAGCAGCAACAACAGUAGUAGACCCAAGCAGGAAACAAACACUACAACUAGUCAUCAUCCGUACCAACAACUUCAACCUUCUUCGCACUAUCAGUAUCUCGGAAAGGACGUCAUAACGUCACCGAAAUCUCCCUCCGAUGCGCAUCUAAGUCAGAGGUACUACGGUAAGAAGAAAUCUCCCAGCUAUGGUUCACAGAAUGCAGCUUCCCCAAAUUCUGCUACCGAAUACGGUGCUGGAUACGGCAUGGUUCGGUCACCGGAUCUUAGUCCCAGUCCAGAACAUCAAGGCCAUAGUUUCACACGCUACCGACAGCACCCGUACAGUAUCCACCCGACAGUAUCUUCCCCAAGCAGCUAUUCCAGUGUGUCACGAUGUUCGCCAUCUCCCAAUACCAAUGAUUCUGCUAGUUCGCCAUACAGUGGAAAUGCAAAGUAUCGAACAGCCUACCUGGCUUCCGGUGGUUCACCUCCAUCGUCUGCCAAUCCGGCUACGGCAAACUCUCCUCAACACUACUCCCGGCAAUCUCCGCUAAACUUUGCCCGAUCUCCACCUCCUUCGCACCAAGCGAGCUACCCACCGAGCAAUAGUCUUCGAAACAAUGGAAAAGAUUCCUCAUCGUCACCUCGGGCGUCGCCCAAUGUAGAACCCAUCCGGGUACCAGCAACAACUCCCACUUCAUCUAGUUCCACCACUCCUAGCAUCCGGACUGUCCCAAAGAAAACGGCUGCCCUAAGGCAACAAUUCGGGUCACCAUCGUCCUCUCCGUCUACCACUGUCGAUGCCACAAGACGUGAACGUUCCAACUCCAAUGCCUCAUCGACGUCUUCGGAAAUUGCUCGUACGGCUCACUUCAAAAAAGAACUGGACUAUGCCGAACGGUCCUCCGCUUCCGAUGUAGUCGAUGGACCACAUCCCGCCCUCUCCACUUCUCAGCCCAAUCCAGUGAUACGCCCGAGUACGGUGAUCGCAUCUCCAACUCCUCACCAUCCGGUACCGAAUCCGUUCUAUAUGUACCCACCGCAGAUAGCCGCAUCGUUACUAGCUGCCCAGCAGUCCAGUGCUGUUCCCUUCCUGCCGGCAUCGCCGCUCACAUCGUACUAUCAGCAUAUGUACAACCAGGCAGCCGUGGCCGCGGCGUAUCGAAAUCCCCUCUGGAUGCACUACCAAGGUAUAUCGCCGCAUGCAGCUGCAGCUGCUGCCGCUGCGGCGGCCGUAUCUCCACCCAGCGCACCCCAACUUCCGCCUAGUAGUCACUCCAGCAGCAGCAGUUCCCGAGACGCACAACAACAACGAGAUUCCAAUCGAAUACAUUCCGCAGCUGCUGCUACUGCAGCCAUGACUGGUCACAAUAACGGCAUCAGCAGCAGCAGCAGCAGCAACACCAACAACAGCAACAACAACGGUAGUAGUUCUUCCCCAUCGCCGGCCGCUGUUGCGCUGAACUACAGUGCAGCGGCACUUGCAGCCUCCUCCCAUCAUCCGCACCAUCCAAUGGCGCACCAUAGCCUGGCGACAGGACCGUGGAGCGUGCCGCAGCAUGACGCAUCGGUGUCAUCUGCGGCGUCGAUGGCGUCAGCCGCCAAGGAUGACCUCGGAGCAGAUGUUCCUCUCAACUUGUCGAAGCACUAGAACCAGGCGUCGAUGCUCGAGCAGUGAUGUGAAAGGCUUCGGGGGGAAAAGUAGAAACGGUUCAGUAACUGCAUCAGUUACCUCAGAGGCGAUGCGAUCUAAGUUGCAACAGGAAACUACGCCUAGCGUACCUUACGAAACAAACGAAACAAAACUCAGUCAUUGCAUGAUCGUCGUCACCGUGUCCAGUAUGUUCAUGUAAGUGUGAUUUGUGGCUUUUGGAAAUCGCCUUAUCAGAAAAGAAAAAAAAAAUCUAAAACAAAGAAAACGAAAAUAGAAUGCAACAGGAGAGAACACCGUCUAUUUUGUGUAUAUUUAUCGGAGAACGUGAACAAAAAAUCGAACUAGCUGUAUGCUUUUUAGUGUUGGUGUGAUUCCGCAUUGAAUACAUAUGUACAUCGUUUUUAAGAGCCUAUAUAUAUAUUUGAAGUGAAGAGAACAAGAGACAUUUUGGAGAAGGGUCCAGACUACAAAAAAUUAACAAAAAACCCAAGGUUUACACUAUUUUCCGCAGAUAAGGAAGACAAACAAGAAGAAAACUAUUUUUGCUAAAAGUUGUAAUAAAUUAUUGAAAAAAAAAGAAAUAUGGAGAAACUAUAUACAUGUAACAUAUAUACACGCAUCUACAUAUACACGUACAGAAAUAUUAUAUAUACAAAAAAGGAAAAAAAUUAAAACACAAAAAAGAAUGGUUUUUAUUCGGUACAUUUUAGUACUGAAACUAUUUCACUUUUCGAAAGUGCUUGGAGAACGUAUUUUAUGACGUCCUGAGAGAAGCGAGUCAAUUCUCAGCAAAAA